AUGAUGUGGCCGGAUCAGAUGGGCACCACCGCAUUUUGCGAUCCAACCGCUCAGCAGCAUGCGUUAAAGGCGAUGAACGCGAUGUCGAUGUGGGGCCUUGAGCAGUGUCAUCCCGGCUAUGCGGCUACGUCAAAAGUCGAUCCGGGAACAACGAUGCCUUUUCCCCUCAACCAUUUCGCUCAACAACUCUCAGCGGCUCAACAAUUAGGCUUCACCCCAAGUCGCUCUAAUCCCGAACUCUCCCCGACUCCGUCAAGUAGAAGAAAGAAGCCGAUCCCAAUUCCCGAGGAGUCAAAAGAUGAGGUAGAUAAA